CAUUUCGUUAGUAAUCGUUCGUUUUCCUCCUCCCAUUGACCCCCACCUCUUCCACUGGUUCCCACGCCUACCCAUUUUUUCCCUUCCCUCCGCACGACCGGUUUUUUCUUACCCCCAAGCAUCCCACAUCUUACAUUCUUAAGAAGUUUAUCCCCACUACAACCAAUUCUCUCAACAUGCACACGAUCCACAUCAUCAUAGACAUGCAUCCAUCCAACUCAGCAAAUCCACCACCUCAGCAAAAGAAUUACACGAUUUAAGUCGUCUGGUUUAAUCACACAUCGGUUCCUCUUCCUCUUCUGAAACCCACGAGACAAUUACUCUUCUGAAACCCACCAGACAUUCCCCUCUUUAAUACCCGAGAUGGACCGUCUCUUAAUCUCAGCCCCCACCGCUUCUGUUUCUCAGUUGUCUGCACGUCCAUCUUCUCUCUGGUCAGAAAUCUUGAAGCCUUCAUGGAAGAUGGGCAUCAAUUAUGAGCUUGCGCUGCCCCCACUCGAUUGCAGACGACCCAUCCCCAACGCCAUCUCCUAGGUCUGGCAGCCCUGGCCUCCAACUUCUCCGGCGGCCCGAAUUUUUGCUGCGGAAGCGGGACUCUGGAAGCCGGGAGCCAACACGUUUAGGUCGGGCCGCUGUUCCAUUGCCGAUCCCCAGAAUCCCAGAUCCUCAACGAAGGCACAACCGUUGAGGAUUCUACCCACUGUUGCUCUACCAAGCAGGAGGGCCUCGCCUAGAGCCAGUUGCGUGGAUUGUGCGUUGUGGAAUCAGCUUAUGCUUCCGACGGAUUCGACGACCGCGGCAAGCAUUGGCGACCUCGUCUGCUGUGUCCUAGAAGGGGGGCCAUGAAAAAGUCUUUAUGCUUCCACGCCUCUGUUGUGGAGGGGAAAGGGCGAAGGUAGAUGGCGGACUGGUGUGUGUUUUGCUGUUUUGCAACAUCGCCCGCGGCGCCCCCGCUUCCACCAUCGCUCUCUUCUACUGCGUUCCGUACACCGUCUCUGAUAGACACGCUGUUAUGAUAAAUGAUGACAAGGUCGUUGUGUUCAGGCCUUCCAGGACAUCAAUCCCUCAUCGUUCAGCAAUUGAGUACCUAAACGACAAUUCAAAUCUGCUCCAAUCGAUUUGUUUGGAUGGUGUUGGACAAAGACACAUCAUUUCAUUGGAUCAUAUAUCCUACCAUAUGUGCCUCUGCAUCGAACAACUCCGUCACUCUCCAUCCAGGAUCUUGCUAUCACGGCCAGACAGAGCAAUUAGCAGUUUGAUGAGAUACGAAGUGAGAAGGUGCAUCGAUGUUAACUUUUUUGUGCUGAAACGUGUCACUACGAUAAAUAUCAUACACUACAUGUCUUCACUUUGUCAUAUCUCUCUAAAUCAUUGUUGAAUUGUCCGCCGCAACGCGCGGGGGUAUCAUCUAGUCUCAAUAGAAAGCCAGGAGAUCUCCCCGAUCGCCGCCGCCGCAGCUGUACCACCUUUCCCUCCAUCUCGCCUCAUUCCUGCCGCCGCACGCCUGGCCGAGAUCUAGGCCUCCUACUUCAUGACAUGCACGAACAAGGAUGGAUUGAUGGGGUCUGGCGGUGGUGGCAAGCAUCGGCAGAUCGGAGGGCAAGGGUGGGUUGCGGUUCGUCUGCUAGGAGGAGAUCGGAAUCUUGGCGCCCAUGGAGGAAGACGCAGGUUGGCCCGGCCAACGAAGGCCUGUGAAUUGGUCUUUGUCCAGGUAAAGUUUGUCACUUUUGUUUCUCAUUUUGUGUCUUCUUCCCCAUGAAGGUCACCCGCGGAGAUUGAUUAAUAGGCAAUGCUAGGUUAACCACUUAUGUGAAACUUUUUACGUGUAUGCCUAGAUUGCUUACUCAACCUUGCUAACUCAACCACUUAAUGGUAAACUGAAGUAUCAAUCAUGCUUGUUGGCUUUUCUGUACGUGUAUGCCUAUUUACCUUGUGUAUAUGAUGACCCAUUGCCAGCCAUAGAACGGUUCUGAAUUUAAUUUUGUCAAGUUCAGUUCAUAUUUUAUUUUAUUUUCCAUGUGGCAUUUAACAACUACUAUGUAAAGUUCACUAUAAUGUUGCUGAUGAUAGAUUAGUGCACCAUAUUCUUAUAAGUUUAUUAGUUACCGCAGAUCGGUCGGCCACCACCGCUUUGACUUCUCAUAUAUACAAUCUCUGAUCAUUUAAGGUGAGCGAUUAGUUCAGGUCAUGUUACUUCCAACGAUAGCUUUCUCUCUGUUUAUAGUUCAGUAGUAGUGCAUAUACCAAUUCGGCGUUCUUGAUCAUAUCCAAAAUUGUAAUUUCCAUAGUAUUUUCUUCUGUUGUUACAACUAAUAAAUUUCGUGUGCUAUAUUAGGAAUGAAUACAGGUGCGUUGUCUGAUGAACAUAGUACGUAGGUGCUUUAGUUAUUAUGUCAAGAGGUAAUCCUAUUAUUCUAACUUGAUACUUUCACUACAUUCACUUCCAUGUUUGGUCCUGGGAUCAGCAUCACAUAACUUGGUGCUAACUCAUCUCAGAAAUCUACUACCAAGACUUGAGUCUAAUAAGAAAUAUAAUAACCUAUUGUGUUCAAUUGUUAAAUAUUAGAUAAUUUGUAGAAUUACAUGAAGGUGGAGCGG